AUGGCAUUCAACGAUGCUGCCAAUGCAACCGUGCCGAUUCGCCCGGCUGCAUCAGUUAUAAUCGCCGCUAAAACCAGACAGGGCACUGGCAAAGGCAGUGAUUAUAAAAUUCUGAUGUUGAAGAGGAACAAUCGUGGCCAGUUUGGUUCCCUUCACGUAUUUCCUGGAGGUAGAGUUGACCAUUUCGAUCAAGACCCUCGUUGGCUCGAUAUCUUGCCAAAGAGUAUGAUUGAACAACACAAAAAGACGUCAAAGAUCCCACUGGCAUUUCGGAUUGCUGCUGUUCGCGAAACAUUUGAGGAGAGUGGAGUUCAAUUAUUCGAUCCGCCACUCAAACUGUCUCUGGAGGAGGCCGAAAAGUGGAGGAGUAAAGUUCAUAGAUCUGCCAAGAACUUUUUAGAGUUGUGUGAAAUGACAUCGUCAGCACCAGACAUAACUCGGAUUGUCCAUUUCGCAUGCUGGGUAACUCCCAAAGGCGCGCCAAAGAGAUUCAACACCCACUUUUUCAUUGCUGUUAUGCCGUCUUCACGAGCGCCGGAAGGUGCCCGUUAUGCUGCGGACGGGAAAGAGACGCUUGAAAUGGCCUGGCUAACUCCAAACGAAGCACUAGCCAGAUUCAGGAGGUAUGAACUCAACAUUAUAUCACCUCAAUUCGUAAAUCUUUCAGAACUGUCACGACUAUCAUACGAUGACUUGAACAAUCUUGUUCUCUCUGGCGGCGAACGGCAAGGCAUUGUUAGAAUGGCUGGCGAAGAGCGAGGAAGAUCAGAAAGUGGCAGACUACUAGUAGAGCUUCUUCCAGGAGACGAAGAGCACUCUGAGAGCAAGGACGUGAAGGUCAAACCGGGAUCUAGGAAUAGGAUAAAUUCGAUUUUCAAGACAAAGGAUCCAAAUGAGAAACCUGAUCUUGAAUGGGAAAUCAAUAUCGACUUGAACGAGUACUCUAAGCGGCAAGAACGUACCGCUGGUCUUGGACUCGAGACCGCAACUGAGCUCUGCAAACUCGGAGCGCAUGUGAUAAUCACUUCACGCAACGAUACUCGUGGCAAGGAAGCAGUUGCUAGAAUCUGUGACGCGUCAGGUAGUAGGAAAGUUGAAUAUGGAGUCAUGGAGAAUUCUUCGCUACGUUCUGCCGACAUGUUUGCACAAUGGUUCUUAAGCAAAAAUAUCAAACUGUAUGGCCUGAUAUGUAAUGCUGGAGUAGGCGGUAACCCCAAUCGUCCUCAGAAGGGAAUCGACGAAACGCUAAUCAUCAACCAUCUGUCUCACUUCCAUCUGUCUCGCCUUUUAUUGGAUAACUUGCUUCAAACUAAAGGGAGUCGUCUGGUCAACGUCUCUUCUGAAAUGGGGUCGUUUACUUUUGGAAGGCCAGACUGGACCAUGAUGGGGCGAAAGGAGUAUUAUAACUCGCAGUAUGCUUAUCAAUUAAGUAAAUUGGCCAAUCAAUUGUUUACGAGAGAGCUGGUGAGGCAGCUCGGACCACGUGCUAAUCUUUAUGUGAAUUGCGUUCAUCCUGGUGUCGUAAACAGCACAAUCUGGGAUAAAACUAGGUCAAACAGCGACUCACUGUACAACAUCAUCACAACCAGCUUCAUGAAAUUCACAUCAGUAUCUACGCAAGUUGGAGCCAUGAACCAACUAUUUGCUGCCACAUCACCACUUAUCGAGACCGACAAUAUCCGUGGCGAAUACUUUGUUCCCAUCUUACGCAAGGCCCGAGUCCAGCGAUGGGCCCGCAACGAUGAAGUGGCUAAAGAACUGUGGCAGUUUUCACUAAAAGCUGUUGACAAUUUGCUGAAAAACGAGUGA